CAGGUGAAGGAUGUGAAGGUUGGUAGUGGAGAACAGCUCGAACCCGGAGACACGGCAACGAUCGGAUACGUUGGAAAACUGCAAGAUGGAUCUGUGUUUGAUCAAGGAAAGUAUGUCUUCAUGUUCCGAGAAGGGCAGGUCAUCAAAGGCGACGACAUCGGCCUGCAGGGCAUGAGAGUAGGAGGAGAGCGCAAGCUAACGAUUCCUCCUUCCCUGGCUUACGGAGACCAGGGGUACCCGGGCUCUAUCCCUCCUAAGGCUACACUACACUUUGACGUGAAGUUGCUUCACAUCUCCAGACGUCCGAUAACGGCUGGGUACAAGUCGUCAAACUCCCCCAACUGA